AAUCAGUGGAAAUGACUUUAAAAAAUUCACCAAAAAGAAAUCAAUAUUUUAUUCCCAUUCUCCGACGCACGCCACCGUCUUUUCGCCGUACUGGUGCGACCUUCGUCAUCAGAAACACACACACACACACAAUUAGUGUGUGCAUUUCUCCAAUUUUGUAGAACUAUAAAACGAAACUAUUCGGCAAUGUCAAAACCAUUUCCACUGCUCCUGUCGACGUGUUUCCUCUUCCUUUUUCACCACCACCGUCAAUGGCUCCUCCGCCGCCUCCCUCAGCCUCCAUCGCGAUUAAAUCUAACGAUUCCAGCACCACCUCAUCCUCUCUCCCACCGCUUCCCCUGUCCUCUAUCGCCGGCACCGCCGCUCAGUCCAGUACGGGGGGCUCCGACCGAUGAUUUCCUUGCGGUGCCGCCCGGCGGUCCUCAAAUUUAACUUCGGUCCGGUCAUCGGAAUCCUCGGCAACGCUACCGACGCCUCGUACAUCGCCGCCGGUGCUAGGGUUAUCCCCCUCAUCUACAACGAACCCUUGGAGCUUCGUAACGAGAAACUCAAUUUGGUCAAUGGAGUGAUCUUUACUGCCAAAAGCGGUGUCUACUUUGACGUUGUUAAGUCGAUAUUUGAGAUUAAUGUUCGGAGAAAGAAUGAUGCCGGGCAUCAUUUCCCUUUGCUUGCCAUCUGCUUAGGUUUUGAACUAUUAACCAUGAUCGUCAGUGAGUGUUCAGGACGAAAACAUCAUGGACAAAUUCAACGCAAAAAAUCACGCUUCAAAUUUCAAAGUUCCCUGAGCCCUAUGGUUCAAGCACGCAAAUAUCCGGUGACUGCUGUUCAGUGCUAUCCAGAGAAAAAUGCGUUUGAGUGGGGCUUAUCAGGGAUUCCACACUCGGAAGAUGCAGUUCAUGUCACUCAACACGUUGCCGACUUUUUUGUGAGGGAGGCUCGGAUAUCCGCCAAGAACAAGCCUAAGCCAUCUCCCUGGAAAGUGCUCGAUAACCUUAUUUAUAAUCAUAGUCCCACAUAUUGCAGGAAGGCUGGGAAUGGGUUUGACGAGGUUUACAUUUUCAGCUCAACUCUCUGCCAAUUUGCAUGA